UAUCUCUCCAACAGCUAUUCAACACCUUUCUAUCAAAUAUUAAGAACACCUAGAUUAAUCAAAUCCAAACCGCACCCAAUUAAAACAAAUCAAAAUUCAAUCAUCCAGAUUUCUCCGACUUAUUACUCUUCCUUAACCUAUAUCUUCAACUUCGCUCAAAUUAGUUACUAAAUCCUAUUUUAUUCCUCGAUUUCGAUUCUCCGCUUAGAUUUGGGAUUAGGGUUUUUCAUUUCCAGAAACCGUUCAUUUCUCGUACAAAUGGUUGAACAAUCGCUUCUAUCAAUAACAAACCAAGUUUCAGAUUCUUCCACUAGAGUAUUAUCAAAGGGAUUCACCGAUUGGAUUUUCAAUUGUCACGGGUUCUGGCACAAUGUUGUGUUGCUUGUUGCCUCUUUUCUCUUCGUUUUGUAUCUGGCACUUCAAGCGAGGAAUAGCUUCCUUAAACUCACCAAUGGCCGCUCUUACAUCAUUAUCUCUUAUUACGUCUCUCUUUGGCUUGUCAGUCUUCUAAAUCUCGCUUGGUGCUUUUCUCAGGCAUGGGAGUGUUCUGCUGGGAAAGAGCUCACUUGGAACUUGUUGUCCUUAUUUACGUCUUCUGGAAUGCUGUUUCUAGAAGUGAGCUUGCUGGCGUUUUUACUUCAGGGCAAUAAUGCAAGUGGCGUAGAGGCGUUGACACGAACUUUUGGUAUAUCUGGUAUCAUUGUCGGUUUUGAUGUCUUGUUAAAGGCUAUCUAUCUGUUUGCAUUUGGGGUCCCAUUGUUCAUCGACACUGAUUACAGUACUCCCCGUGUGAAGUGGAACUUAUGGGUUAUUCACAAGCUACUCCUCACUGGUGUUUAUGGGCUCAUAUUGUUUAUGUAUCAUUCUAGGUGGAGAGAAAGGUUACCCGCAAGACCGGCGUUCUACAAUUAUGUUAUUAUUAUGUUCAUCUUGAAUGCAAUUGCGUUGUUUGCUUGCGGGCUUACUGGAAAUGGCGCUGGUUUUGCUUUUUGGUUUUAUCGCAUUACCGUUGUGUGCUACCAUGCCUUUUAUCUUCCACUGCUGUAUAUUACAUUUCUGGCAGACUUUUUCCAGGAGGAAGAUUUUCACAUGGAGAAUGUGUAUUACUCUGAAAUGAAAGAUGCUGGUUUCUUCGAAUCCGAUUGGGAGUGAUGUGGUAUCAAGUUUUAACUGUAAGAUUAGAUUAAUAAGUCCUCAAUAUAUCCAUUGCAGGACAUAACUUUCACGAAAUUUGAAAUUUGUAAAUAAGUAAAUAUGUUUGUAGAUCGCAUUGUAUAUCUUUCUUUCUUUUUGGAAAAUUAUUUUUAGGACAGUUACCUCGAGUAUUUUGACGACAA